AUGACUGGCACACAAAAAACAAGAAUCAGGUUUCCAUGCGAUCUCACAGAGCCCGAGAAAGAGCUGAGGGAAGAUCUGCUUGAGAUAUUUGGGAACGACGAGCUGCAGGCAGAAGAUAUGGUCUACAAGUCCAUAGAAAGGAUCAAAAAAGACGUGCACCUGCUAAAAGAUAUGAUCACUGUGGAAUGUCCAAAAAAAACAGAAAAUAUCACGAACAGCGACAAAAUAGAGAAUCUAUUUACCAUCGAGUGGCUUGUGGAGCGCGACGAUGAAAUACUCCACUUUCUGUGCAUGAUGCAGAACAACAAAAAUCUAUUGGGCCAGCUGAACGCAGAAAACUCUUCAGCGGAGGACAGGAUUGCAGCGUUUUUUGAGGCGGCCGGUGCAAGGAUAACACACUGGGCUGAUGUGGCUUGUGCCAUAAGGCUUAUCAAGCCAAAGAAGUCGUGGAGCGAUUUAAAGCGCGGGCUAAAACACUUUGCCAUGAAAGGAAGCCAGAGUGCCUCUGCAAACAGAGAAGAGAGCGGCGAGCUGGACAAAAACGCCCUGCUGAAUAGAAAUAUACAGAGUGCAUAUAUGGCUCUUCUGUACGAAAUAAUAUUCAUAAGGGACUCCAAUGAGUACUGGUACUCUAAAAGUGUGCUGCAGAAGUACUUUCAUAACAUGUGCAGAAUAGCUGAAAUAAAAGAAGAGUCUAUUGCAGACGCUCCCUUGGAAAGCAUAUUUGAAGAGACAGACACAGAGAUCAACAUUAAGUCCAUCCUGAAGAAGAUGCACAGCGCAUUUAGCUCAGAGAUUGAUAGAAAAAGACACGUUCUGGAAAAAGGCGAGAUGUAUGAGCUAGACCCAAAGAUAGUCAAGCUCUUGGCGUCUUUAAAGAGCGUGCUGGCAAACUGGGAGGGCAUUGUGUGCGCAGAGGCAGCAAUUCGAGAGUUUUUCUUCUGCAAUGACCUGUGGCCUGCAUUCUACCAGCUGGACAAAAGCAAUCCAAAGAGCCUGGAGCUGCUUCAUAGGAAAGUCCUGAAAUACCUAGGCUACCACAUGCAAGACCAUCUGAAUCUGCUGCUAGAUAAUAAUGCAGAGCUGCAGAAGAAUAGCAAUGCCAAGCAGUAUCUUAUGCGGAUAUACUCGAACCUCAGAAAGUUUAUCACGGCUGAGGCUGGCAUAGCUGCCAAAAUAAAAGAUGUGAUGUUUUCGCCGGAGUCUGAGUACAGCUUGGACGAAAAGAGUAUGUGCGCUAUAGAAGAGUACGUGGUUGAAGAGGUGCACAAGCCGUUUGAGGCAAAACCAAAUGACUCCAAGCCAGAGAUAAGUGUGAACAGAAGGGACUCUUUUGUUAUUUCAGACGAGGUGGUGGAUGAGCUUGUUCAGGACCAGUGGGGGUACAGGGUAGAAACAAGCAACAGCCAGCCAUUUAAAGAAAAUGUUAAUGUAUUUGAAAAAGCGCACACUGUCCCGUACAAUCUGCCAGCAUCUGCAGGAGAAGAAUCUGUAGAAGAGAAUGUGGAGUUGGAAGAAAACCAGCCUCAGGACAGCCUGAGUGAAGACUUACAACCAGAUACGCAUCAAGAAAUAGAGGACAAUACUCCAGUGAUUGAGAGUGAUCUUUUAUCUAGCCCAGCCACUAACUAUACUUUGAAAGAAGGUGAUGCUGAAAGCGCUUUCCUACUAGAGAGGCCCGACACAGCAGAAAAGCCUAGCACUCAAGCUACUUACAGUUCAGCAAGCACUGAAAGCUUAAGUUCAGGCUAUACAACGUGCUCAGAGGAAGAUGUAAAUGGCAAAACUGAAUCUCAGAAUACCGCACACGAAGAGAGCAUCAUAAGUAGCAUAAAGGAAGAACAGAAGGAUAUUACCUCACAGACAGAUGCUCUACUUUCCAAAAAGGAGUACCAAGAUUACCAUCACAGUGCAGCUAUCGAUAAAAUAUCCUUUAAAGCUGUCUCUAUGCCAGGCAGUGCUGCUUUCAAUGAUAGUCCGCUGCUGAAUGUCAUUUUCAGUCUGAUUGUUUCUGUGCAGUCUGGGAUAUGCAUGUUCUCAAGCAUGCUGGCAUAUAGGAUGAUUUUUGAGCAUGGAGGCAAUUUAUACAGUCCAAGCAGAAUAAAAAUAUUCUAUGCUACAUUUGCCGUUGGAGUGAUGGGCUUAGUGCUGAGCGGUAUGGUGCAUUUGGCAGUAGCUCUCCACAUAAAUAAGACUAUCAGAAAGCACAGGAUGGCAGUUUCUGUGGGGAUGUAUCUUAUUCUUUUGGCAUGUCUCUUUAUAGGAGUAAAAAUCGCAGAUGCUGUGAAUCCCGUUGAUGUAAACCAGAGCUUUUGCUGCGUAGUAUGCAUUGCUCUGCUAUAUCUACCCUUUGUUGUAUGCGUAGGAGCCUACAUGGACAGGCUUCUAAAUGGCGAGAAGAAAGGAAGUGGCAACGGAAAGAGCACAAAGAAGCUCACUUUCAGUCUGCUCUGUGCUGUAUACUUCCUGUUCCUGUGCUUCUUUACUCUUUAUAAGACAGAAAAAAAUCUAUUGAAGCACUAG